AUGUCGAGCAAUGCAACUGAACAACUUAAUACGAGCUCAGCCACAGCGACAUUCGAAUCUGCUGUAAUUUUUAACAUAGCAGUUACCGCAGCAACGUUCAUCUCUUUUGAUUUAAUAAGGAAAAGGAUUGCAAAAGUUUUUGAGCCGAGAACUUAUAUAGUUCCAGAAAACAAACGUUCUAAUCCAGUUCCUAGUGGGUUCUUAAAAUGGUUGAGGCCGACUUUAAAGACUCCUGACGAAGAGAUUGUAUCUAAGGCUGGAUUGGAUGGAUAUAUGUUUCUUCGUGUAAUUCGGACAUUUAUGAUAUUGUUUACUGCAUUCACAGCAUUGGGGAUUGGUUUGAUUUUACCUGUGAAUCGUAUCGGUCAAUAUGAUAAACCUGGACUGGAAAGCUUUACCAUUGGUAAUGUCAAAGACAAAGAGAGAUUAUAUGCUCAUGUGGUAGUAUGUUAUAUUUUCACCGCUGCUAUUCUUUAUACGAUGUAUCAUGAAUAUUAUACGUAUAUAAGGUUACGUAACGAAUUUCUCACAACACCCGAGCAUCGUGUAUCUGCACGUGCGACCACAAUUUUGGUCCUUGGUAUUCCUCGUCAACUUAAUAACACUGAAGAUCUAAAAAAUCUAUUUAACGUGUUUCCUGGGGGUGUGAAACGAAUCUGGAUUAACAGAGAGCCAGCUAGGUUGAUAAAUCUUACGAUUAAAAGAUUGAAAACAAUUAAUAAACUUGAAAGUGCUGAAACCGCAUUUCUUGAAAAGUAUUUAAAGUAUGUUGUAAAGGAUGGCGAAUCAGGACAGGACGUCGAAGAUGGAAACAAAAAUCCUGUGUCUCUGCGUCCAACUCACAAAACGAUUCCCUUGAUUGGUAAAAAGGUGGAUUCUAUCGAGACAUAUCGCGAAGAGAUUCAAAAGCUUAAUGAGGAAAUUAAAGAACAGCGGCAUAAGACAGAUACUUUCAAGCUGUUAAACUCUGCAUUCAUCCAAUUUAAUGAUUACAUUGGUGCUCAAUUAGCCGCAACCUUGACAAUACCACGAUUAACAGAAAUUUCACGAGAAGAUGUUAUUUGGGAGAAUCUUAAUUUUACACUCGUGUUUGUUGCAUCAAUUAGCACACUUUCCGAGUUAUCAAAGAUUAUUCCUUUCUUAACUCCACUUGUAAACAAACUUCCCCCAUCAGCAAUUGGGUUUAUUCAAGGUGUUCUGCCUGCUAUUGGCUUGGCAAUAUUGAUGGUAUUUUUGCCUAUCAUUCUGAGAGGACUUGUUACACAUUCUGGUGUUAUGCUAAGCUUGCAAGAAAAAUAUUUCUUUUUUCUGCUCAUUAAUGUUUUGCUAGUAACUGCUUCCGCAAAUGGAAUAUUUCAAGCUCUUCCAUCAUUUAUUCAAGCACCAACAAGCAUCGUAUCCAGUCUCGCACAAAAUCUGCCAUUAGCAUCAACAUUUUUCCUUACUUAUGUUCUCCUUAGUCUAUCUGCUGCUGCGAUGGAAGCUUUACAAAUUGGAAGUUUGUUUAUGUAUCUUUUCACUAAAAUGUUUCUUGCUAAGACUCCUCGUCAAAUUUUUUGUAAUGAAACAACUUUAAUAUAUAAAGAUUGGGGAGUCACUUUCCCUCCACAUAUUUUGAUGGCUUCAAUUGGUCUUGUUUACUCGGUGAUUCAGCCUUUAAUUUUACCAUUUACAGCAUUGCACUUUGCAUUAUUCUAUCUUGCAUAUCGGUACAAUUUUUUAUAUGUCUACGAUCAGAUCUAUGAAACUAAUGGCGAUCUAUUUAUACAUGCCAUGAAACAAUUUUUUUGGGGAAUAUUCGUUUUCCAUUUAACUAUGAUCGGUUUAAUGUUUCUUAAUCAAGCAUUCGCUGCUGGAAUACUUUUAAUUAUUUUGUUUGUUAUAACACUUGGUUUAAUCCUUGGUAUGAGACAUCAUUUCCAGCAUAACCCAAAAGCAGAAUUUUUACCCGCGGACUUAUUGGGCGUAAUCGAUAUGAAAACAAGAAAAAUUAUUAUUGACGGAAACUUUACAAAGUCGAUCUCUACUAUUACAGAAGAUAUCGAAUAUGAUGAAAAAGCUGAUAAAGAAUUCUCAGGAUCUACGAGUCAACAAAUUUCAGAAAAACCUUUAGCAGAUAUUGAUGACGAAUACAUUAACCCAAAUGUAGUUCAUAUCAAGCAUGGAGAUGUAGAUAAGGAAGGAAAUGCAAAUACAUAUUUGCAUCCGGCGCUGAUUAUUAAAAAUCCUUUAGUUUGGAUACCACAAGAUAGUACAGAAACGUAUAAAGAUGAAGUCAAAAGAUGUCGGGAAAGUGGGUUAAAUGCAACGAGUCAAGGUGCAACAAUAAAUAAAAAGUACAAAGUUGAAGUAGACAUUAACAAAGCGCCUAACAUUAAAGAUGAACUUUAUGUGGAAAGCGCAGAAAGUUGGGAAAAUACACAAAAUGUGACUGAUUAA